GACCCAUAUUCGAACAUUGAGGUUGGCUAGCGGACAGCGGGGAAGUCGUUCCCUUGAAGGCGAAGCAACUGACAUCAUUUAUCCAUAUCCAUACAGCUCCUUUUCCAAUUUCAUCUUUAUUUGAAAUAAAAAUAAAAAAAUAAAAAAGACCCUUUCUUUACUUCUAUUCUCUAAUUUCUCCAAUUUCUCAAUCAAAAGUUCAAAACCCCUAUUCAUCUUCUCUGUCGUUUCUCCUGUGAGAUGAGAUUUGGGGUGGUAGAGGUGUUUUCAGAUGAUGGAGCUGAGUAAAGGGACCACAUUCCUUCCCCAAUUUCGAGUUUCUUUGCCUUACAUCACUUGCCCCGUCUGCAAACGCUUUAGAGUUUCGGCUUCCUUUGGCGGAGAGACUUUUUCUGUUUCAUUCUCUAGAUGGAAAAAGCUUGAGGCACAUUGCAAUAAUAGUGAAAGUAUUCGGCACUCAGCUAUUUCUAAGAGUGAUAGUUCAAGGCUUCCUGAGCUCUCUUUCAACCGUUUACAACUUACCGACGAGGAAUAUUGUGGAUUGCAAAGACGGAAUUUUGGUAGAUUUGUUGCACGUGAAGCUGUACUGGAUGAAGAAUAUUGGACAGCAGCAUGGCUGCGGGCAGAAGCCCAUUGGGAAUCUUUAUCAUAUAUGCGGCAUGUUGAUAAUUAUAAAAGGAAGUACGCUGAAGAGGAGUUCUAUGCUUUGAAACGACGAUGUGCUGGGCAAGAUGGAAAUUUAUUGAAGUGCUUCUGUUUUGUUGCAGUUAAGGAGGAGAAAAAUAUACGAAGAACCGUCUUAAACAGUGUUGUGGGAACUCUGGACCUAAGCAUUCGACAAUAUAUACGAGGGGAAACAUACCCCGGGGAGAUUAAAAGAUUGUCUUCUGUCUUGGCAAGUCCAGAGCCCUUUGAUGCGCAUAAAUAUGCUUACAUUGCCAAUGUUUGUGUUUCAAAAUUUGCCCGACGCCAGGGAAUUGCACUAAACAUGCUUUCUUUGGCCAAUGAUGUUGCCUCCUCAGCCGGUAUGAAGCAACUAUUUGUUCAUGUAAAUGCAGACAACAAACCUGCUCAAGAACUGUACAAAAGAACUGGCUUUAAGAUUGUAGAAGCUUCUUCAUCUCCUCUAUCAAAAGACCAAAGGCUUCUGAUGUCAAUGGAAUUGUAAGCUGUGAAAUGUAGGUGGACCACCAUUAGAAUGGUGGUUAUAGCAAAGUGAGGCUUGUGGGAGGUUCCAGGUACAAGUCACAGUGGAGACAAAAAUUUAUUUUAUUAAAAAAAAAAGGAAAAAAUAAAAAAAUAAAUGGUGGUUAUAGCAAAAUUGUAAUAUCUUUACCAAAGGGAAAAUAUGCUCCUUUUUCUCCUUUCUUUUGCAUUGGUGUAGGCCAAAUAUCUUAUUGGUUUACGGCUGUAUGCUUGGUUUGGCUUGGUUUAAAGUUGUGAGGGCACAUAAUGAUGAUGAUGUAAAUAAUUUGAUAUAUUGUUAAUAUUUAGUGUUUUUCUGUUGUUAUUUUUUAUUA